AUGACGACCGCUGUUGCGUCCCCUCCAAAUCUACAAUCCCUUCCGAGGGUCGGCUGGAAUGGUGGGAGUACUGGUGGUUUCUCAGCCAUGAGUUCGGAAGACGUGUCAAGAAUAUUCAUGCCUCCAAGUCAACGGAAGAACGGAGUACAGAGAAGUAACUCCUCAACUUCUCUCGCCUCCACAGCCUCAAACUCGUCCACGUCCUCCACAUCGACAACCACAGAUGUAUCAUCCGCAGCGAAUGGAGACAAUGGCACCACUGCGGCAAAAAAGAAGACAAGAGGUGGCUUCUGGCCUGUGUCGAAAGCCGAGUCGACAUCUGGCGUGAGUGCAGCCCGUGCAAAUGGCUCCGUUCAGCUAGCUUCUGUACUGUCCGGCAAAGCCCCUGUACAACCAGUAUUGCCUUCUGCCGCUGCAGCAAAAACGAACGGCAUUCGAAUACCGAAUGGGACGGCAUCGCAAGAUUCUUCAGCAUUGCUCGCACUCUUACCCAUGAAUGGCACUUUUGAGAGGAAACAAAUCAAUGUUCCCUUCUCCCCAGAUACAAUGCGAGUUGGCCGGCAGACGAACGCAAAGACAGUACCGACCCCGACGAAUGGCUACUUCGACUCCAAGGUCCUCAGCCGCCAACAUGCAGAGGUGUGGGCGGAUAGGGAAGGUCGAGUCUGGAUUCGGGAUGUGAAGUCUUCCAACGGCACAUUUGUUAACGGCCAGCGAUUAUCCCUCGAAAACCGCGAAUCGGAGCCUCAUCAACUUCGACAGCAUGACACGCUUGAGCUCGGUAUCGAUAUCGUCAGUGAAGAUCAGAAGACAAUCGUCCACCACAAGGUAUCGGCGAAAGUGGAGUUUGUAGGCCUACCUGGCGCUUCAAACAAUGUUCUCGACCUCAGCUUUGGCGAUCUGGAUCCUUCACAUGGUGGCGCGCUCCUUCCAUCGCCUCUGAGCACACCCUUGUUGCAACAGAGAAACCGGGCUGGUGGUCUCAUAGUCGCUGGUCGUUCCGCUCCUUCCAGCGUUGCCGGAGGUCAAAUGAGUGCUGCGGCGCAGAACCGCCAGAUGAACCUUUGGGGCCCACCGCUUAGUGUUGAGCAUCUCGUGAAACAGAUAUCGCAUGAGAUGCGUGCCGCAAAACAACAAUCUACGGAUCUCGAUCAUAUCGAGAAAUCGUUUGCCGAGAUCGUCGCACCGCUGAAAGACACCUCCCCGAACCAGGCCGACACAUCACCCACGGAUGAAGCAAAUAUCAAGCCGGCAAGUCACCGUUCCAGAUCUUUCAAGAACGACAAUCUGGCGCGAUUCAGUGAUCCGCCUGCUCCGCCACCCCAGCAACCUCUGCCAGAAAAGCCAGACAGCACUAAGUCCAGCUCGAUGAAUCCGCUCAACCUGACGAGCUUUUUGAAACGAAGUGACACAGCGAAAGCCAGCAGUCCUGCAACCUCACCUUCGAAGAAGGAAGCAGCUCCAGGUUCAGAUCACUUGGCUAUACUAGAAUUGGUCAGAAAAGAUCUGGACUCGCAGAAGGCGCGCGUGAAGGAAUUAGAGGAUAUGCUGAUGGAGGAGAAGACCGCGCGUAUCAGAGCGGAAGAACGAGCCCGGCAGAUCGAGCAGGAUACCUCAUACAAACCAGUCACCAAGAUCGAAGAGCCGCCCGUUGUGUUGCCCGAGCUAGGAGGUGAUCACCCAUCGGCACAGCAAUCUACGAAGGAAGACUUGAAGAGCGACCCUGUCGAUGAGAAGCAACUUCAACAGCGGCUCGAUACUAUGGUCCUGGAAAUGCAGAAGAUGAAGACAGACAUGGAUCGGUAUCAGCAACGAGCAGAAGUCGCCGAAGCCGACGCUGUCAAGACACGGGAGACCCUAACGGAGAUGAUCGAACGCUUGCGUCAAGAGAACGACACUGAAGCUCCCGGCGCUAUCGAGAAGGCAGUAAAUAGCACAAAGCCGUCGAGAUUACGGUCCCUCGGCACGGAUGGUUCCACAGAGAAUAUGGCAAAAGGCCAAGAUUCCGGCCGACCGACUGCGAAUGGGCACGUCACUAGACCCAGGGUGCCUUCACAGCUGGAACAAGCCGUCGCGACUGCGUUGAGACAUAGCAGAUCUGGGGACGGCGAAGUGCUGGCACAGUCGGCACCCUUCGUCUCGGCAAUGGGCGUGGUGCUGAUCGGCAUUGGAUUGAUGGCCUACUUGAAUUCGUGGCAGAAAACGGACAAGUGA